CUUAAAAUAUGGCUGCCUUUUUACGUAAGAUUCACUUUUCUACAUGUCGGGCUGCAGAUUUUAGAAGGUUUUGAAUCGAAUCCACUUGUCGAAGUGAUUUCUGAUUGAAUAAUGGGUAUCGUGCGGUUAGUACAUUCGCUGAGGAGUAGAGAAGACACGCUGUCACGGUUCGUUGUCAAAGCCACCUUCGCAGGAGGUAUUGUUUAUUAUAGUGUUCAGCAAGGCCUGUGGUCUAAAUCUGAGGACAGCGUGCAGUUGUACGGGAAGAUCUAUAAUAAUGUUGCUCCUUAUAUUAAGGACAACAUUCCCAAGGAAGUCAUGAAUGAGCUACCACCUUUGCCAAGUACUGAUGAUCUUUCCAACUCUGUCAAGUCAUCAUGGAAUAAGGGAGUCAUAGCGAGCAUGAAAUUCCUAUCCAAUACUCCAAUCUAUGUGACCAAUGGUGUACAGAAUAUUUCAAAAAUUGUGCAAGAAUAUAUAAACCAACAAAGUGUAUCUCAGAAAAGUCAAUGAUUCUUUUUCCUAUUCUGUGGAUUUUAGGAUAACAUUGUAAUAAGAUUAUCAAUGAGUAUCAUGUUGUUAUUUUACUUCUAUUAUAUUAAUUUAUUAUAUAACAAAUAAAUGUUUUAUUAUGAAAUAAUUAAAUCCUAAUUUGUGCAUCUUGUAUGAUAAAUAAUAGCAACAAAUAUAUAUACAAAAAAAAAAUAAAAUGCAAUCCAUUAGUUUCGUAUAUAUACGAAUAUUUAUUCUUUCUGAAGUGUUAUUACAAACUGUCGCCAAUUACGAAUCUCACUCGACAUUUAUAGUCUUGAUAUUUACAUUAACAAAACAUUUCAAUUCCCUGAAAUUCAAAAUAAUAUUAACAUGUUCUGAAUUUCUUCUGGUCAGGUGGAUAUUAAAAUAAAAAGAAAAAAGAUUGCACAAAGUUGCAAAUGCAACUAAAUGCAAAAAUUCUAUCAUGAAUUGCGGUAUGUACUGGUCCCAAAAAUAGUGAUCAUGUUGCGUAAUUGUGUUACAACAAUAUCUAAUUAUAGCAAACUGUAAGCGCUCUGUAAGAAGAAAUAAUAAAAUAAAAAUAAUAACAAGUUAAAAAUAUA